CUGGCGCCGGCACGGAAGGAGGCGGUCGGCGGACGUGGCCCGGCUUCUCUCUGUCUCUCGCGCUCUCUGGGUCUCUCCGCGCCGCCAUGGCCGCUGCUCUGUGCCGCGGCGCCUCCCCCCGCCCCGGCCCGGCGCGGCUGCUGCUGCUGCUCGGAGGCCUCCUGUGUGCGGCCCCGGUGCGGGGCGACGCGGACCCGCAGCCGGACCUGGACCCGCACGCGCGGCACCGUUACAACGCCGAGAUGCUGCGCCACGGCGCCCAGAGCGCCCCGCACUUCGUCAUGUUCUUCGCCCCCUGGUGUGGACACUGUCAACGUCUGCAACCAACUUGGAAUGAUCUGGGAGACAAAUACAACAACAUGGAAAAUCCAUCAGUCUAUGUUGUAAAAGUGGAUUGCACUAUAGAUAUUCCACUCUGCUCUGAAUUUGGAAUCAGAGGAUACCCCACCCUAAAGCUGCUUAAACCAGGCCAAGAACCUGUGAAAUACCAGGGUCCUAGAGACUUCCAGGCACUGGAAAGCUGGAUGUUGCAGACACUAAAUGAGGAACCAGCUGAGCAAGAAUCUGAUCUGCAACCACCAAAACUUCCGGAACCUAAACAGGGAAUGCAUGAUCUCUCAGCAGCCAAUUUCAAGAUGCAUAUAGCAGAAGGUAAUCACUUUAUCAAAUUCUUUGCCCCUUGGUGUGGCCACUGCAAAGCUUUGGCUCCAACCUGGGAACAGCUGGCCUCAGUUCUUGAACAUUCUGAAACUGUCAAGAUUGGCAAGGUUGACUGUACACAGCAUUAUGAAGUCUGUUCUGAAAACCAAGUUCGUGGAUAUCCCACCCUCCUCUGGUUUAGGAAUGGUGAAAAGGCUGACCAGUAUAAAGGAAAGAGGGAUUUGGAUUCAUUAAAGGAAUAUGUCGAUUCUCAGCUACAAAAUGCCAAGAAAGCCCCAGAUGCUGAGAAGCCAUCUGAAGUUCCACAGCAGCCUGCAGAACCCACUCAUGAUGAGGCUACAGUCCUGUCUCUCUCUGAAAAAGACUUUGACCAAACCAUUGCUAAAGGGGUUACCUUUAUUAAAUUCUAUGCUCCAUGGUGUGGUCACUGUAAGAACUUGGCUCCAACUUGGGAGAACCUCUCCAAAGAACAAUUCCCAGGUUUGACAGAUGUCAAAAUAGCAAAAGUAGAUUGCACCAUCGAACGUAAUGUCUGCAACAGAUUUUCUGUGAACGGUUAUCCAACACUGUUGCUUUUCCGAGCAGGGGAGAAAGUCAGUGAACACAAUGGAGCCAGAGAUCUUGAAACGCUGCAUAAGUUUGUUUUGCGUCAGGCAAGGGAUGAAUUGUAAAACACACAUGGAUACUUCUGCCCUGACUGUUCUUGUACACUAAUGGGGAGAGUUAAAUGAAGUUAAUGAUAUUGAUUUUCAAAGGGUGGGGUUGGUUUUUUGUUGUUUUUGAAAACUGAAUGUACUGACUUGUGGUAUCUUCCUUGUGUGUGUGUUUUAAAGCCACACCGUACUGACACUUUCAUUGUUUGUCAAGGAAAACUGGUAACAAGUAGUUACUGUGCAAAUUGAGUAUUUUCAGCAUCAGUAUUACUACAUUUCUACCUUCCCCUGUGGAGAUAUAAAUGGUUUCCUUUGAGCCUAAAAUAGAUGAGGAAAAUCAAGUUAAGGGACUGGGUAAACUAUUUUUGUCUUCAGGUUGAAUUUGGGUAAAGGCUUGCUACCAAAGUACAGCUUACAAAGUGCUCACCAUUACUAGAAAGGUACAAGCUACAGCUGUACUAAUAAAUGUUGCCUUUUCAACUGAAGCUAAAAACUCUGUCUUAAUAUAGCAGCUGGUCAAAAAAUGGGAGGUUGAAAAAGAAAACACACCCCUUUGGAAGAUACCAGGCUUGUUUCCUGUUAAUAUUUCUCUAGUCAUCGGAGGCUG